GCAAAUCGGAGCACGUAAAGGAAAAAAAUUAAAUUUGCAUAAAAUAAGUUGUGUUAAAGAUGCAUCCGAGUUUCUAACAAAUAUUUCAAAUGGUUCUAAUGCUACAAGUACUUCUACGAGUGAUGCAAGGAUUAUUAGUAAGGAUAUGGCACAAUUAACAAGUAUAAGUCGUAAUGAAAGAAGACAAAUUGAUAGAGAAAAUUGGACGUUACCACCAAUAGAGACUAUGGAUUCAACUACAUUUUCUUACUCAAACACUAAUGAUAGCUCUGAACGUUCACCAAAAAGACAUAGUCCCUCGAUAUAUGAGCGUGUUAAAUCUAAAGUUAGUCGCUCCUUAUCUAAUGGUUCUGUUGUGCAUAAAUUAUCUGAACAUGCUAUACAAAGGCCAACAAGUCUAGUAGUCUCAGAAGCGAGACAAAAUGAUGCACUUUGGAGUUGCGAUAACUGCACUCUUGAUAAUGCUCCUGGCUUAGAACAGUGUGAAGCAUGUGAAGCUCCUAGAAGUCCAGCUCCUUGUAGCGGAGUAGUUAUCAGUGUACCUGCUUGGGAACCUCGAGCUUUAUCUUCAGCAGGUCCACUUUCUUAUAGACGAUCUUUUUCGGACAUUGAAUCUGUUACAAAUGUAUCUCAAAAAAAAGUUGCCAAUAGAAGAAGUCUUAACGAAAAUGAACCACCUGCAGUACCACCGCACUCCGUUGGUUUUAAUAUAAGACCAAAAUAUUCUUAUAUUGGAAUUACUGAUCCAGAUAUACCACCACCAUUGCCAAAGAAACAAAACAAUAAACUAGGUCUAGUGCCUAUAAAAGCCCAUAGCGAGGCAACAAGUCCUGUUGGAGAUGUGUCAGAUGUAAGUUCCUUGAAACGUAUGUGGACUUGUCAAAAGUGUUCUUUCGCAUGUAAUCCACUCUGGUCAACUGGAUGUGAUAUAUGUGGAUCUUUUCGAUCACCUCCUUCAUUAACACAACCUAAUUUAAUAACUGUUACAAAAGAUGGAACAAGCUGUUCGAUGCAUACUCAAUCCCCAAUUGUAGUAUCUAGAGAUAGCGUCAGAUAUAUCCCACAAAAAACUGCUACAUUGGCUAUAGCAGAGUCUGAUUUAGAUGACCAAGUUGAUCCACCCUCUCCAGUAUGGACCUGUAAAAAAUGCACAUUAUUAAAUGCUGCUUCAAGAACUACUUGUGAAGCGUGUGGUGGUUCGAAACUAAAAAGUAUUAUGCAUUUAGAAGAUGCUACAUUACGGAAAGGAGAAAGCUGGGUGUGUCCGUCGUGUACAUUAAGAAAUCCAUUGUCAGUGCAAACUUGUAAUGCUUGUAAGACAUUAGCAGAUUUUCUAGACGUACCAAAAGAUAGAGGUUUUGGAUCAAGAAGUCCAAGUCCAAGACUCUGCCAUUCUGCUAUAAAUUCAAAAGUUAUUACACCAAGGCACAGAAAUUCUGUAAGAAGGAAUGGUUCUUCAGUUGGCGAUAAAAGGCAUACAAGAUUAAAAGAUACUGCUCAUGGUCAAUGGCAGUGUAAACUAUGCACAUAUGAAAAUAAAAGUACAAAUGGAAUAUGUGAAAUGUGCCAAAUUUCAAAGACCUUAUCCCAAUUAUCAGGUGAUAAGCCUAGAAUUAUUGAAUCUGGCACAAAUACACUUACAAUACAAAGACAGGAAAGUGUGGUAAUGGAAAAUUUAAGACAAAUUGAAGAAAGAGAAGCAUUAGAGAAGUGGGAGCGAAUUGUCCGUUAUUGUAAAGAGACAAAUGAACCUUUCGUCGACGAUUCAUUUCCACCAGCUCCAAAAUCUUUAUAUUAUAAUCCAGCUGAAACAAAGGAUAAUCAUGUUGUUCAGUGGAGAAGGCCUCAUCAAAUCAAUGUAGAUUCUACCGUUGAUUCGAAACUCCCUUGGGCUGUUUUUAGAACACCUUUACCUUCUGAUAUUUCACAAGGUGUAUUAGGAAAUUGUUGGUUACUUUCAGCUUUAGCUGUUUUAGCUGAAAGCGACGAACUUGUAAAGAGAGUUUUAGUAAUGAGGGAAACUUGUCCUGAAGGAGCUUAUCAAGUACGAUUAUGUAAAGAUGGAAGAUGGACCACUGUACUUGUCGAUGAUUUGCUUCCCUGUGAUAAAAGAGGCCACUUAGUAUAUUCUCAGGCAAAGAGAAAGCAAUUGUGGGUGCCAUUAAUUGAAAAAGCAGUAGCAAAAAUUCAUGGUUGCUAUGAAGCUUUAGUUUCUGGACGUGCUAUAGAAGGUUUAGCGACACUUACAGGUGCCCCUUGUGAGAGUGUGCCUUUGCAACCAUCUGCUUUGCCAAGUGAAGACGAACUUGAUAAGGAUUUAAUAUGGGCGCAACUUUUAUCUUCUAGACAAGCUAUGUUUUUAAUGGGUGCUAGUUGCGGAGGUGGCAAUAUGAAAGUUGAUGAAGAAGAAUAUCAACGUAAAGGCUUAAGACCAAGGCAUGCAUAUUCUGUUCUUGAUGUGCGAGAUGUGCAGGGAAUACGAUUGCUGAGGCUCCGAAAUCCUUGGGGCCAUUAUAGUUGGAAAGGUGAUUGGUCUGAUGAUAGUCCUAUAUGGACACCUCAGUUACGUGAAAUGUUGAUGCCACAUGGUGCAUCAGAUGGCGUGUUUUGGAUUUCAUUCGAUGAUGUUUUAAAAUAUUUUGAUUGCAUUGAUAUUUGUAAAACUAGAGUUGGAUGGAGUGAAGUUAGAUUACGUGGUACCCUCCCUCCUUUGUCUUCUCUCAGACAUUUAUCUUGUGUACUUCUAACAGUGCUCGAACCUACCGAAACAGAAUUCACUUUAUUCCAAGAAGGUCAGAGGAAUUCUGAAAAAUCACAACGUUCUCAGCUGGAUUUAUGUGUAGUUGUGUUUCGUACACAUUCUCCAGCAGCACCAGAAGUCGGAAGGCUAGUAGAACAUAGUAAACGACAAGUACGUGGAUUUGUUGGAUGUCACAAAAUGCUAGAAAGAGAUCUGUACAUUGUUGUGUGUUUGGCUUUUAAUCACUGGCACACUGGAAUGGAAGAUACUUCCAGUUAUCCUGAAUAUGUUCUUGCCAUUCAUAGCUCAAAGAGACUUCUAGUUGAACAAAUUUCUCCACCAGCAUUUGUUUUAGCUGAUGCUAUCAUUAGUUUAACUCUAGCAAAAGGACAGCGACAUGAAGGAAGAGAGGGAAUGACUGCUUAUUAUUUAACUAAAGGUUGGGCUGGACUUGUAGUAAUGGUAGAAAAUCGUCAUGUAAAUAAGUGGAUUCAUGUAAAAUGUGACUGCCAUGAAAGCUAUAAUGUUGUGUCCACUAGAGGACAACUCAGAACUGCCGAUAGUGUCCCCCCACUUCACAGACAAGUCAUCAUAGUCUUAACACAGUUGGAAGGUAGUGGAGGAUUCUCAAUAGCACAUCGACUUACGCACAGGCUAGCUAACAGUGGAAAUUUACAUGAUUGGGGUCCACCAGAUACUCAGCAUUGUCCUCAAAUCGACACUCAAGUUGAAGGUUUACAUAGUCCUCGUUUAAUUACGUGAACAAACAAGUUUUACGUGUAGUUGAAAACAAAUUGAACAUUGUGCAAAAAUAGUGUUUGUUAAGUAAGAGCGUUUAUUGUAUACUCGUGGUAUUCAGAAAUUUGCUAAAACCAAAGGAAGCUAGAAAGAUUAGUACAACAGAAAUCAUAUUGAAAUCAUAACACUCAUGGUGCUUUCUAGCUGUUCAUAUUGUAUGAAAACUUUGGCGUUAUGACAUGCUCACCAAUGAACACAAUACAAUAAUUAACAAUUAAUGUCUAAUGAUUCUAAGAUCAAUGGUU